AUGUCUUAUUGUAUUGGAUACGCAUAUUUUCUCAAUAUGUACGAGAUUCCAGACUACCGCAAGCUUACCCCAGCACUCGACGCGAUCUAUGGUGAGGAAAAGGUAGAGUGGGACAUUAGGGGUCAAUCGCUCGUCAUGGUGAGCGAGUCUCAAGACCUAGUGGGGUUGAGAGACAAGCUUCGCAUGGUUGGAGUGACUCCUACAUGGGAGGAAUAUUGUUAUAAUGUGCUCGACUAG